UUGACACAGACAAGAUAUCAAAGAUGAGCUGCUUUUCCAAAAGAAAGGUGCCCAGUGAAGAAACUUUGGAGAUUAACAGGCCCAAAGAGCCUGAGCUGAGGAUGGUACUGCUUGGGAAGGUUGGAGUUGGGAAGAGUGCUUCAGGAAACACCAUUCUGGGCAGACAAAAUGUAUUCCCCUCCAAGGGCGGCCUAUCAGCGGUCACAGAGAAGAGCCACAAAGAAAAGGGGAAUGUCGAUGGACAAGAUGUGGUCGUUGUUGAUACUCCAGGUUUUUUUCACAUUAAGAGAACUACAGAGGAUUUGGUGAAAGAGAUCAAGAAAUCCGUCUCAUUUGCUGAACCUGGUCCUCAUGUGUUCCUGAUCGUGCUGAGGAUUGAAGAUACGUACACAGAGGAAGAAAAGGAAAUGGUGGAAAUCAUUCACAGAACUUUUGGCAAAAACAUAAUGGAUUACACGAUGGUCUUGUUCACCUAUGGAAGCAGACUGAGAGACACCUCCAUUGACGAAUUUAUCCGAUCGAACAAAAGGCUCCACGAUCUGAUCAUUCAGUGCAAUUGGAAAUACGCAGUUUUUGAAAACAACAAAGAGAAUCCUGAUCAGGUCACUCACCUACUGCAGGAGAUCAACAAAGGGAUUAAGACGCCAAGAGGAAACUACUACACCGCUGAGAUGCUCAAAAAAGCUGAAAUUGCCUUAUAUAAACAAAAGCAAGAUCCAAAAGGAGAGAGAACCAAAGCCAAUUUAACCAAUCUUCGAACUUGUGCUUUUUCUGGGAUCGCUGUCGGAUGUUUGAUGGGGUAUUUUGUUGGUGGCGGUCAGGUGACGUCCUCGGUAGCAGCUGCACUGGGAGGUACAGCAGGCGGAAUAGUGGCAACUGUAGCGGCAGGUUUAGUGAUAUUUGCCAAAGACCGCAUUGAGAAAUGCGCCUCUCUGUAAAAGCAAAAUCAUGGUGGUGAAGUUUGUAUAUUUUGUUAUUUUCUGUUAUUGUUAUUUUAAUGUUGAUUUUAUUCUUUUUUGUUGAUUCAGGGCCAUUCACAUAGUGGAUGAGUCAGCCAAGUUUGUUGCUGAUGGUUGUGGGCUGACGUAAGUAUUUUCUAAAAUAUAUACAUUCAUGCUGACUUCUGAUGUUUUGAUCCAUACACUAAAACUACCUUUUUUGUAUAUUUGAGGGGGAUGGCAGAUUUUUUUUUUUUUCUGAUCAAUGAAGCUUUUCGAAUGACUAGAAACUACAGGGGAAGAGUGAGGACAUGUAUUUAAUUGUUUUUAAUCAGGGUAAACUGACUCUCUAAUAGGUAAUUCAGAAUACUGGUGAAUAUGUACAGUGUUUGGGCUUGACCUUGUCACUAAGACAUUGAGUUUAAAGAGUGGGUUUGCUCAUUUCAGUUUUAUUUGUUUUUAAUCAUGUAAAAAAAAUUUAGAUUUAUUAGUUAACCCUUUGAAAACUGGGCAAAGUGUCUUGAUUUCAUUCAUGGGAACAUGGGAAGAAUACCAUGAGAAAUAAGCAAGAAAUUAGUAGUAGUAGUAUUAGUAGCAAGAAAUCAAAGUCUGCUUUGAAAUUAUAAUGAUUUUAUAUUUUUAUCUUUAAAUCUUUAGUUAUUGAAAUCUUUAAUAUAGGUCUCUGUAAAAAUGUACCUACCUUUUAAGGAAUAAUUUUCUAAAUCUGCUACUAUUUCUUGCAAUUUGUGGGACAUUUCUGGUCAAGUUGCUCAUUGCCCU